GACCACCCCCCGCCGCGGGCAGGGCUCCGCCUCUCCCGGUUGUGGGCGGGGCCUCGGGGCGGAGCCGGGCGCCCUCGGGCGGUGGUUGGCCGUUGGGGCGGAAGGGGCGCGGCGCGGCGGCGGGGUGGGCGCGAUGGCGGCGGCGGCGGCGGAGGUGCUGUCGCGGGUGGCGGACGUGGAGAUCGACGGCGGCGGCGUCUUCAACCGACAUCUACGAGCAGACGGCGCGGGAACUGGCGCAGCAGGGCCUGGGCUGCGAGUGCCUGGGGGGCGGCCGGCUCUCCCACCGCCCCGAGGAGAGGAAGAUCCACGUCUACGGGUACUCGGUGGGCUUUGGGCGAGCGGACCACUCCGUGACUACAGAGAAGCUGAAAGCCAAGUAUCCGGACUACGAGAUCACCUGGGCAGAUGAAGGCUACUGACUCGCUCUAGCUGGGCAGCGGCAUUGGCGCCAGCCUGGAGCUGGUGAGGCCAGAUCCGGCAUCAGGGCGGGGGCAGCAGGCUCCCUGUGCUCAGCAGCACUCUGGGCUCUCCUGUUUUUUCUUUGUGUUGAACUCGCCUGUUCUCCACUGUCACCGGACUUCCCACACGCCGUGGGUGAUGCCCACCUCCUCAGCACAGCGCAGCAAAGCCUCGGUGAAGCCAGUGGGUGCUCUGCCCUGGCCUCCCAGGUAGCGAGGGGGUUUGUCCACGUGUGUAUGUGAGAAUUAAACACGUUGGGGAGCGCA